AUGACGGACAAUUCUUGUAAAUGUUGCGACGCUCUGCUUGACUUCUCUACCAAUGUGUAUCAAAAAGUGAGAGACCUGGAGGCUAAAGAAAAAGAGGAGUACGAUAAGCUUCUUGGUGAUAUAAAGAAAAUGGAAAAAUGGGAAGAUUUGGAGAAAGAAACCCGAGAGAAAGUCAAUGAAACAGAGGAGUUUUUUGAACAGUUCCAAAACAAUGAACCAGAUGGGAGCUUAUUAGAGUUGAUCAAAGAAAGCGCCUCGAAGCUGAACAAGGCCUUUUCAGAUUUAUUAGAGAGAUAUGAAAAGCUGAAAGGUACAAUGAAAUGGAUUCGUGCCAGAGUGGAAGACCGUCACAAUUCCAGCAAGACAAGGAGAGAAAAAAUUGUCACACACGCAGGAAAAGCUCUCCUGGCCGCCAUUCUCCUUGGAUUAAUACUCGGCGGAGUUAUAGGAUGGGGCAGCCCGGAUAGACUACCCACUGUUGUCUGGGUUUUAGUUGGAGGAGGGUCCGUACUCGUCGUUGGAGGGCUCUGUUAUACAAUUUUGGUGGGUGUGGCUUGCCGGAAUGUUAAACGAUGGGAAAACCUACGAGGGAAGGUCCAAGAACUGCCAGUUACGGAUGAUCUUAUUGAAGAAAUUGGUACAAAGUAUUCGACAUUGUAUCCUAUCCCUAAAAUAUUUUUAAGUGACAUCGAGGGAGACGAGACAAAUCCUUCUGAUGUAAAGAGGGUAUCUAGAGAUUUAAUCAACCAACUUAGAUCAUAUAACGAAAUUAAGUGCAAAUGA